UCAACUUUCACACCCUGCUUCCCACCGACAUUCGCAUCGUCAUAGUCUGGAAAGCACCUUGCUCCCACGCCUGGUAUCGCAACCCUUUUUCUCAGCCCUUUAUCGCAUCGCCCGAUAUGCCUUGUCGGCAAAAGACGUGAUCGUGACUAUAUUGGUUCAGCCGUUCUCAACUUGGUCCGGAGAUCUUACCUUUGUCAACGAGUCAUGGAUCCCAAUACCAACGCUCUGAUCGAAGUUGUGCGCUCUUGUCGGGCAGUCUAUGACCAGGACCACCAACACCUUCAACCAGCUGAGCGGGAAAAGCGUUGGUCGGCCUACUGGACCUCCAUCAGCUCCGCUGCCAUGGCCAAUCCAGGUCCGACCCACGGUACUUCACUUCCCCAGAAACGAUCUGCGUCCAGUGCAAUGGUUGUUGGUACAGAGCCCGCUUCCAAACGUGCUGGCCAUGCUUCCAUGGCGUCCUCGCCUCCUUCGGCACCCUUCCUCGAACGACAUACUUCGGCACCUGCUGGUUCCACCGCCUCGAGGAAGUCUGGUCGAACUUCCGCGCACACCUCACCUUGUCUUCCGACCACGGAUACGACAGGUCCUAUGCUGAUUCCACGCCGGCAGAGCGGUCAGCGCCGCACACCGGCCGCUGCGUCCUACCCAACAAGGUAUCAUGGAUCCAAUCUCAACUUCAUCGAAGAGGUCCAGGACUUCUCGCCGUCAGACUUCCUCGCCAAGUCGUCGGUAGACUUACAGCCACAGACUUUGUCCUCGACGCCACCCACACUUGUGGAGCGUGGUGAGUUGCAAACAAAGUACAUGUCUCAACUCACAUCACCGUAUACCCCAGCAAUAGAGUCACCAGGAGUCUAUACUCCCUUGACUGCUACUAGCGAUGCAGGCCUCACGGUCGCAUCGACAAUCAUGUCCGAGCCUAUGACUCGGACAAACACAAAUGAUGUGCUCUGUGAACCGUUUGGGAUGUUUCGCAUGGACUCAACGUCGAUGUCGAAACUCCCCCAAACGGUUGACAUGCUUGAGACACAUAUGUCUCAAGCUCAUGAUGUUGAUUCUGCGCAAUUUUUUCCUUUUCCUUCUGUUGCAGCCGAAUCUGGCUACAACAACUUUUCUCAUAUGUCUUUUCACGAUGAUGACUUUGCGUCAUCGUCUUCUCUUUCCAGUUACGAGAUGAAGAAUUCGCCAUCGUCUGGCAGCAAUGCUUCAUCCGUUUCUGUUUCUUCUCAGUCUCACUUGUCAUCGGCUCGAGGGCUGCCACAAGAAGUGGUCCCUCGAAGUGCCAGUAACAGUGUCUCGCGACCUUUGGCGCCGAGGAUGCAAUGCAUCAAGAACAAUUUGUCGUCUGAUGCUGAAUUUCCUGAACCGAAGAUCGUCGCCGUCAAAGCUGAAGAUGGUACAGUAAAGCACAAGGCGGAGAUUUCACGAGCCAUUCGACAACAGCCGCCACGUAAGACGACCUUCUGUCGCUUCUGUAAUGCUCAACCGCUUGGCUUUCACGGUGAUCACGAACUGCGUCGACACAUCGAACGUCAUCAUGCUCAAGUGCGACGAGUAUGGAUCUGCAAAGACGCCUCUGUCGACGGCAGCUUCUUGUCGAAUUGUAAAGCCUGCCGCAACCGCAAGACGUACGGCGCCAACUACAAUGCUGCCGCUCAUCUGCGUCGAGCUCACUUCAACCCACGUAAACAUCGCCGUGGUGGCCGUGGCAUCAAGAGUGAAGGCCGUGGUGGUAUGGGUGGAGGCAAUCACCCACCUAUGGAAAUGCUCAAACACUGGAUGUAUGAAGAGCUGGAGCUGAACAUCAACGGAAGAGUCGUGGUCCAGGAUAUCAUUCCCGACGCGACCUUCGAGACUGCUGCCGUCAAUGAAAUGAUCAAUGCCCACCCCAGCAAUAUGACCACCAACGACUUUGAUAUCACGGGGGAUAUGGCACAACAAGUCGGCGUGCCUGGAUUCGAAGUCAUGCAAGAGCCAGUGUAUUACGACAAUAUGGUCGCACAACCUGUCUUUGGGCAGACUGGCUAUUUUCUCCCAGAGCAGGCUGGCUUGCAAUAUUGAACGACCUGAUGAAUGAUGACUGGACAUAAUUUCUUGUAUCUUCUUGGUUGUACACAGAUGUUUCAGGGUGGUGGACACAUUAUGAUUAGGUGAUGGGUUUGGUAUCAGCCUGACUAGUAGGCUUUCUUGACAACAGUGGACUCAUGUCUGGGAGGAUGUGUUCCUUUUGACGCUGUGUUCGAGGUGCAGAGGCCUGCUUUUGCCGGCUGCAUUGUAUGCUCCUUUGAGGGAGGCG